AUGAGGAUUAGUUUUAGCUUAGGUAAGGAAAUCGUCGCCCUGGGUAUAAUAGAAGUAGAGACGUAUUUUAGAACGAUAACUUUUUAUAUUUUACCCGUUAAUACCCUAUUUCUCUUAUAUUUAAAAGAUAUAGAUCGACUAGGUAUUAUAUUUAAUAAUAUAAAGAAUAGAAUCUCUAGCGGUAAGUACUUCGAGAUAGUUAAACGACGAUGGGAGUAUGCGUUUAUAAAGCUUAUUAAUAAUAUAAAGUUAAUUAAUUACUUAACGGAAAGUGAGCUUAGAAAACUAUACUAG